AUGGGAGGAUCUUCAAAAACAAGCCCAAUAAAGAAAUCUAAUAAACCGAUUACUGGGGUAAAAGUUGAAGAAGAGCAGAGUGUAAUUAAACCAAAUGGUGUAAAGGAGACAGCAUCAGAUGCAGAUGGCGAUGGGGCAGACCAUGGAAUCUUGUCAGAUCCAGAGGAUUAUUUAGAAGAAGAUGAAACUUUAGAUUUGGAUUUGACCAAUGGUGCUCAAAAAAUUUGGUUAGUUAAAUUGCCACGUUAUUUAUCAGACUCUUGGUCUAAUGAAGGUGCCAGUGGGGCACAAUUGGGUACUGUCAAAAUCAGACAUACCAAUAAUAAAUUGCAAGUGAAACUUAUGCUCGACGAGAAGCUCAAAAAGCCAAACAUAGCUCUGGAAUACAAUAUCAGCAUGUUGAAUACCCAAGUAAACAACUCGUAUGUGUUCAGUGAAGAAAACUUAAAAAAGUUUAAACAGGAGUUGACAGAAGUGGGAGAUAUGCCAGAGCAACCUACAUUGCAACCUGUCGACAAAAAGAAAGGAGUUGUGAAACCAAACUCGUAUUUUAGAGUUCAAAAAAAUAAAGAUGGCAGUCCUUCAACGAAAAAGUACGUCCCAUAUGUCAAAACCAUCCCUAAGAAAACUGCGUUAGUAGGAAAAAUAUGCCAUGAUUGUCAAAUAAUUCCCUCCAAAGAGGAUAAAAAUUACAGUCAAAUUUUGUCUGGCAGAAAAAAUAUACAACCUGCAAAGCAACGACCUAAAGUCACAUUGUUAGAUGAGAUUCCAGGUGUUGUCCAAUCUAAUGCAGGCCCAUCUAUUAAAGGUAAUAAUACAUCUGUCUUUCUUAAGUCAAGCUUAAGUAAAAAUAAGACUGGUGAAGGCAGAGCCAUAAGGAUGCCGAAGAAGGAUUUGUUGGAUUUGCUUUUCAGGUUAUUCGAGGAAUACGAUUAUUGGUCCAUGAAGGGACUCAAAGAACGGACAAGACAGCCAGAAUCAUAUUUGAAAGAGUCUUUAGACUCAAUUGCUAUUUUAAUCAAAAAAGGGCCAUACACUAGUAAAUAUAGUUUGAAGCCAGAAUAUAAGAGAUUGAGAGAUGCAGGUAGAACCACGAACCUAGAAGAAAAUGACGAGGAAGAAAACAAAGAUGAGGGCGAUGAUAUUGAAAUGGAAGAUGUCAUUUAA